CACUCUCUCUUUGUCCCUCCUUCCUUCCUUCGCACACACUCACAGAGACCUUUCAGAAGCUCACUGAGUCUCAGAUACAAUAAGCGCUGACCGUCAUCAUGUCACAGGUUCAGUGAAAAGGGCUUUCAGGAAAGGAGACAACGAAUCAGUGGUAAGGGAGCUGUUGUCAGCUGCCGAGUGGGUCGACCCACGCAGAUCCGGUGUCCAAAUAUCUGGAUUCUGGAGCUGCAGACGUCCACUAUAUCUGUCACAUGGAUGUGCAGGGUUAUAGACGAGUGUGCUGGAAGGUGUGGCUCUGCUACUUUGGUGCAAUAUGUACCUUGGGUAUGCUCUUAUUACUGUUCAGAUGGCGACCCCGCCUCGGCGUCUUGGCUCGGUGCUCCUCCUGCCCCAUUCCCAUGGCAGAUACCUUACUACUUAGGAAUAAUUAUGGGGAGCAGUUUGUCAUAGAGGUACAAACAGAAGAGAUUGAGGAAGGGAGUUUAGGGUUUGCAGUAGGAGAGCUUGAUGAGAAUGAAUGCAGAGACAAUGUCAAGCUGCACAAAGAUGAGAAAACCCUACUGCGAUACUACGUGUUUGAGGGAAUGCGAUAUGCAUGGUUGCCCAAAAAAGGGGCUUUCUGCAAAGUUAGCAUUCUGAAUGAGGGCUGGACUUGUGCUGAUGUGCACCACCAUCAGCAAGGACUGACCCAACUGGAGCAAACUUCAAGGAGACAGAUUUUUGGGGACAAUAUUAUCGAUGUGCCUGUCAAGUCUUAUUUACAGUUGCUGUUUGAAGAGGUUCUGAACCCCUUCUACAUUUUUCAAGUUUUUAGCAUCGUCCUAUGGAUGAUGGAUAACUACUACUAUUAUGCUGUUUGCAUCUUUGUAAUCUCUUUCAUAUCCAUCGUUGUAUCCUUGUAUGAGAUCCGGAAGCAAAGCAGCACUCUGCGCAGUAUGGCCCAGCUCAUCGAGAAUGUCACUGUACGCAGAGCGACCGGAGAGGAGGAGUGUGUGAGUUCAGUGGAGCUGGUGCCCGGUGACUGUGUUGUGAUUCCUGCUGAAGGUCUGCACCUACCAUGCGAUGCUGCCCUGCUAGCCGGGGAGUGCAUGGUUAAUGAGAGCAUGCUGACUGGUGAGAGCGUACCAGUAAUGAAGACCCCAUUGCCAAUCUCUGAAGUGAAAUACACCCCAGAGUCUCAGCGCAGACACACACUGUUCUGUGGUACACAGAUCAUCCAAGCCAAAGGAGGUAGUCAUCUUGGGAAGGGGGCCAUAGCUGUAGUUACCCGCACAGGUUUUUUCACUGCUAAAGGUGAUCUCAUCAGCUCCAUUCUCUACCCACAGCCGGUUAACUUCCGUUUUUAUGCAGAUGCGAUGAAGUUUCUACUUUUCUUAGGAGUCGUGGCGCUAAUUGGCACCGUUUACAGUUUAGUGAUGCUUUGGAGGAGCAAUACAACAUGGUUGCUGCUCGUGAUCCGUUCUCUUGACAUCAUAACCAUUGUGGUGCCUCCAGCUCUUCCUGCUGCUCUAACAACCGGGACGAUCUACGCCCAGGGGCGCCUCAAGAAAAAGGGCGUGUUCUGCAUAAGUCCGCCUCGCAUUAAUGUCUGUGGGAAGAUUUCUCUCUUCUGCUUUGACAAGACAGGUACUCUGACUGAGGAGGGUCUGGACGUGUGGGGGGUGAAGGAGGCUAAUAAAAACGGUGCAGGGUUUGACGAGCUGGUUCCCGACCCCCGUUUUCUCUCCCCGGGACCGAUGCUGUCGGCCUUGGCUUCGUGUCACUCGGUAGCUUUGCUUGGAGGUCAGCUCAUUGGAGACCCACUGGAACUCAAAAUGAUUGAAUCUACAGGCUGGAAACUGGAGGAGCCGACUAAUGAAACGGGCACUAGUGUUGAGUUUGGAAGUCAUCGGAUCCUCGCAGUGAUGAGGCCACCGGCUUCAGAGUUCCAGCCUGAUGGCAUAGCCAUAAGACAGUCGGUGGCAAUAGUGCGCCGUUUCCCUUUUUCCUCCUCUUUACAGAGGAUGAGCGUCGUGACCGUGGACUCAUUGGACAGCUCAGCUCGCUGCUUUCUUAAAGGAGCCCCUGAGAUGGUUGCCAGCCACUGUGUGAAAGAAAGCGUACCUUCUCAGUUUACCAACACACUCCAGGAGUUUGCGAGCGAGGGCUUCAGGGUCUUAGCGCUCGCCUACAAGAAGCUUGAUGCCCAGACAGACCUCAGCAGUAUUAAAAGGGUAGAUGUGGAGGCAGAUUUGCAGUUCUUGGGGCUGUUAGUGAUGAAGAACCAGGUGAAGCCUGAGAGCGCAGGAGCCAUCAGCGUUCUGAGACAAGCGCUAAUCCGACCCGUCAUGGUCACUGGAGAUAACAUCCUGACAGCACUGAAUGUAGCCCGAGCAUGUGGAAUGACAUCCUCGCACGAGCAGACUAUUUUUGUUCAUGCGUCGCCCCCUAGUGCCACCUCAACUGCAUUGUUACGAUUCCAUCUAGGUGAAGGUGCGGCCGCUGUCGUCAGCACUCAAGAAACCAUGGAUAUCCUAGAUCAGGGCCUUUAUCAGAACAAUUUUAAGUAUCAUAUGGCUAUAAAUGGAAAGUCCUUCGCAGCACUGUGCGAUUAUUUUCCAGAGGAACUACCUAAGGUUCUGAUGAAAGGAACAGUGUAUGCACGGAUGUCUCCGGACCAGAAGACUCAGCUGGUUAAAGCUCUACAGAAGCUGAAUUACAGAGUGGGUAUGUGCGGGGACGGAGCUAACGACUGCGGAGCGCUGAGGGCUGCUGAUGUCGGAGUCUCUCUGUCUGAGGCUGAGGCGUCUGUUGCCUCUCCCUUUACCUCGAAAUCCAACAACAUCAGCUGUGUGCCUCUGCUGAUCAGGGAGGGAAGGUGCUCACUGGUGACAUCCUUUAGUCUUUUCAAAUAUAUGGCAUUGUACAGUCUGAUCCAGUUUGCCUCUGUAGUCAUCCUCUACACUGUGAAAACAAACUUGGGUGAUUUCCAGUUUCUCUUCUUUGACCUGGCCUUGGUGACCGUGCUGGCUAUAGUGAUGGGUCGAGGCGGCCCCAGUGAUUAUCUUCACCCCCAGCGACCCCCCGCCUGCCUUCUGGCUAUUCCUGUUCUUUCUGCUUUACUCCUACACACCUUGCUGCUCAUCCUGGGCCAAGUUGCUGCUCUGCUGUUCACCAAAUCACAGGAAUGGUAUGUUCCACUCAAUUCCACUGUCACAGGAGCAGGAAAUUUGCCGAACAUGGAGAAUGCCAGUGUGUUUGCUCUCUCAGGGUUCCAGUACAUCAUCAUGUGUAUAGUUGUGACGAAGGGCUACCCUUACAAGAAACCACUUUACCACAAUGUCGUUUUUCUCUUCGUGCUCGUGAUCCUGUUUGCGGUAAUGAUUUGGUUGGUUUUGGUUCCCAACACCUUUUUCCAUAAUUUUCUGCUGUUGUACAACAUCUCUGACAUGAACUACAACAUGCUGCUGUUGGCACUCGCUGCUCUCAACCUCUUCACAUGCUAUUUGCUGGAGGUUUUUAUUGACAAAUUUGUCCCGGACUGUCUCCGUACCCUUCGUAGAAACCGACAGUCGAAAAAGCAGUACAAGCGCUUGAACGCCCAACUAACAGAAACUCCAUCGUGGCCACCGCUGGAUCAGCCGCUUCACCCAACACAGUGUUCCGUCAUCGGGGUUAGCUAGCAUAAGCCGCCGUGAACACUAAUAAUAAAAUGUUUCAAAGUGCCAGUAAUGGACUACUACCUCCUAGAUAUGGAUUCAAUGAAGGUAUAACUUAAUACUUGAUGAAGUUCUUUUCACAUUUUUGGGCAGCUACCAAUACUCAAGACUCUGCUAUCAAUAAGCCCACUGUUACAAUUUCUAAACAGCUAGCUUCACUUGCAACCUCUGGUGAAAAUUAUGAAUUAGCCACACAUAGAGGAUGUUCACCCAUGACAAGUAACGAAAAGGAUUGUAUUAAUAGUUUGACAUUCUGGCUUUGUGUAAGACACCCUGGACAUUCAUUCAUCGUUCAUACCGCUUAUCCUGUGUACAGGGUUGCGGGGGCCUGGAGCCUGUCCCAAGGGAGACUUGGGGCACAAGGUGGGGUACACCCUGGACAGGGUACCAAUCUAUCGCAGGGCAUACCCACCCAAACACAAAGCAAGAAAAGGUGGAACUUGAACCCUCAACCCUGGUUUUGCUUUUAAAUAAAACUAUUUAUUUGAAUUUGUGGCAUGCACUGUGGCCUCGCACCUCCGGGGUCAAUGCUUUGUGUCCUGGCUUUGUGGUAGUAUGUGUGGAUUUUGCAUUUUAUCCACAUGCUUGGUGGAUUUCUUCUUGGUUCUUUGGUUUAAUCUUACAGUCCAAAAACAAGGAGAUUAAACUAAUUGGCAUUUCCAUUUGGGGUUUUUUUUGCAUUGUGUCUCCGAGCCCCUGAACAGGAUAGGGAGUACAGAUAAUGAGUGAGGGGCUUUAUUUUUUUUUUCAGGAACUAGAAAAAUUUCCAAAAUUUCACUAUGCUCCUUUGGAUUGACUUAAAGUUGCCAUCUCCCUCGGAUUGUUGCCCGUCAUGCAAUCCUGUCAUGCAUUUUCUUCAUUUCUAAUAUGGCAGUACUUCCUGUGGAAUGUACAUAGACCAUGCGAAUAGCUAUCUCAUGUGGCCUGCAUGUGACCACUUUUGAGCUUUGGCCAAGGACCUACUGUAUACAUUUUCUUUUUCCCCCCAGAUUUUCAAUGUGUAAAUCCCAUUUUAGCUCCAUCACAAUUAGCGAUUUCUGUUUCCAGCCAUUUGUUUUUCUUUUUUUUUACUUUUAUAUUUUUAAGGCAUAUUACGUUGAUGUCUUCCCUGAUCUAUUACAACCUUCUCGUUUUGUAUAUAUUGGCACCAAAUGCUAGAGAGAGUAGACUUGGAACAACAUGUUUUACUACACUCCAUAUUGGAUUUAAUUAUUGAAGGAGUUCUAUAAUCCUUUCCUAAUUGAAAACUCUCUUGUUGGCACCAUGUUUUCUUUUAAUUAGCUAAAUCAAACAGUUCAUUACAACAUUUUUUAGCCAUUCAUGUGGAUCUUGAGUGUGUGAAUCCAAAAUAUGUGAGAACAAAAAAAUUCUCUUCCUUUUUCUGUUUCUAUCUUUUUUUUUUGUCCAUAAAUGUGCUGAACCAGACAUUCAAAUUAUUUGCUUGGUAAUUUCAGGCAAGAAAAUAAAGUAGUAGAGGAAGGGGAUGGGGCAAUUCACAGCUUACCAUCUUAGUAAAAGUUAUGUUUUAUGCAUUCUGAUUAGAUAGAAAAAUAUUCUUCCACAAAUGGGUGCAGGUGGCAGUAGGUCAUUUGCAUUGAAAUAUACAGACAUUGCAUUUGAAACAGGAGGAAAUUCCUUGUUAAACAAAAUGUGUCGCAUUUAAGACCUGUAAGUGCUUCCUUAUAACUGCAGACUAGUUUGCAUUUUCAGACUUGUGUCCUUAUUUGUUUAAUAAAU